AUGGCUACAACUGUAGCUGGUGCAAGGAACCCGGCGCCACCUUCGAACCAGUCUCCGGUUAAAUUUCACAUGAGUUGGAGAAGCACGGCGUGCACUCUGUUGCUCGCCAUCACUGUCACUGUUUCAGAAACCAACGUAACUCACAAAGAAUCCAUAGCAGUGACAGCAUGUGUGGCGGGAGAUGGUGCCGAUGCGUCACCAGCGUUAGCAGAGUUAGCUGCACUAACAUUACGCAUAGGAGGAAUAAGAGCACACGCAGUUCCACCACCGGAACUAUGUGUGUCUCCAUCAAGGGCGGACUCAGUCGCCUGCCAAAAAGCAAUCUUCUCAGACCUAGGUCAGGGAAAAUUACACGUAGCGCUCUUAUCAGUGCCGGCGGGCAGUACGCUCUCAUCGUGGUUGCUCAGAAAUAAUGGCUUGGAUGAUCUUGGCGAUGUUAUUAUGUCCCCAACUAGACGGGUGUGCGUGGCCCCACCACCAGCUAGAUCAAUACUGGAUUUAGAAGACGCCUUAAUCGCUCGAAAGUAUUACAUACCACGAGAUACAGCGGUAGAACUACAGGCAGACAUGCAAAGUAAUAUAACAUUGAAAAACCAAUCAAAGUUUCCUAAAAUGUAUGAGCCAGAAUGGUGUAACUCAAAUACAUCAUGUGCAACUAUCUUCACAAGUGAUGUGGGAGAGGCUCGUCUUUUAUAUGAGGUAGUAAGGGAAAACUAUCUUCGCGCUAUCGUCGUUCCAGUAGGAACAAAUUUACACCAAAUCACCAAUAGUAUCAACAAUCGAACGCUUGUUUGUGACUGGAAUCAACAUUUCCAAGAGCCGUUCUACCCUCUCGGUCCUCCACCAUGUAGAAUGGACGUAGAGAAAUGUCACUUUGAAAGCCGCCGUGUUGUGAAAUGGAUUAACACGAGAGCUUUAGCGAGGUCUCCCUCGGCUGUUCGAGCUUUACGCAGAUUAAAAAUCAACUUUUCUGGUUUGCAAGAGUUGGCGACGAAGAAGAGAGAUCACGGUGUCGAGGCUGGUGCUCUUGCCUUUUUGUCUGAUCAUCCAGUACGCGACAAUGUACGUCAAUUACGUGUAGUCACAUUUUUACCUGAAGACACAAAACGUGAAGUUUACAACUCUUCUGCGUUAAUGGCUGCAGCAGUACUAGCUGCUAGAGAUCUUGAAGGACUUCUUCCUGGAAUUGCAACUUUUAAGGUCCAAACAUAUGACGACCGUUGCAAUGCAGUACAAGCUUAUAAAUACCUAAUAGACGCUUUAGGAACUGGUGACUAUGAUGCGUUGACUGCUGCUGUUGGACCUGCAUGUGGGGUACCAUUUGCAGACGUGGUCCGUCAGGGCCCUUCCCAUCGUCUCCCAGCGCUCGCCUAUACCCCUCAAUCUCCUCCGUCGCCGCCAGCGGCCCCAUUGGCGUUAUUAGCAGCUGGAGACGCUAGAAGUAUAGGAUCUGCUGUAGCAGCCUUUUCAACUAGUUUAGGAUGGAGACGGAUGGUAUCUCUAAGCGAAACAGCAACACAUUCAGCCCUAGCAACAGCCAGUUUUGGAGUUGACUUUAUAGUUAACCUGGAAUUACCAGAUGAAAGACCGGAGUACGAUCCUUCUAUUUUUACAUUGUGGGCAGAUCGCGCAGCUCGGGCAAAUGGGCGAAUCAUCUAUAUAUCAGUAGAAGAUGCCCGGGCAGUACGCCACGCAUUAUGUGCGGGUCACAAAUCAGGUCUAACCCCCAGCAGCGGUGCUGUCUGGAUCCUGCCUUCUGGUCUUCCACCCAAUUGGCAAACGCCUAAAGGCGAUACAUGUACAGCUGAAGAAAUUGACGAAAUGCUUCUUGGGCAUAUUUCUGUGGCCCAGGAGUGGAUGCUACCAUGGCUGGAUGAUAAUACAAAUACUACCAAGUCGGAAGAAAUGGAGUCAUGGGAGUACCGUUGGAGAGAGGACUGUCACAUGCUAAACAAACCUUGCGAUAAGCCAGGUCCGUAUGCAGCUUUGCUCUAUGACGUGCUAAAGCUUUGGGCCAGCGCACUCAAAAAGCUGAUUAUUGCACGACCAGCUUCCCUUGACGAUCUUCAUGAUCCUGAUCUUUUAAGAUCGUUGGUGACCAACGCAACGCUCAUCAAAUAUGAAGGACUGACGGGGAAAUUCGAAUGGAUUAAACUGAGUAAAGAUGGCGCUAUAUUUGCCCGAUCUUCUCCUCUUAUCAUCUACCAAUGGGACGGUCAGCGUCGACGUGAGAUUGGAAGAUGGUUUGAUGAUAAACUGGAGUUAGAAGAAAAUGCCUUAAAGUGGUACUCAGCUGAUGGUCGCAGGCCUGACGAUGGCCACGAUCGAUGCGCCCUACAGCCUUUAGCCGACUUAUUCAACAUACAAUGCCGUACAUCAACCAUUCUUCUAGUAUCAACUUUGCUGGGAGUUACAAUUGUGAUUUUAUCCGGACUUAUGGUCUACUGCAAGCGACGGGCAGAGAAGAAAUAUCGGGCAAAACUCGAAGCAUUAACCUUAAGAAGACUUCCACUUGUCAAGGCUGUAGGCUUGGAUCCAUGGGAAAUCCCUCGUGAAAGAGUUGUUAUAAACAGAAAAUUGGGCAUGGGGGCCUUUGGAACCGUGUAUGGCGGGCACGCCCUAUUGGCCGAAGAUCGAGGCUGGACAGCAGUAGCAGUCAAAACCUUAAAAGCAGGAGCCAGUAACGAGGAAAAACUAGAUUUUCUAUCCGAAGCGGAAGUAAUGAAACGCUUCGACCACAAGAAUGUCGUGAGACUGUUGGCCGUUAUCACGAAGACUGAACCAGUCUGCACGGUUAUGGAGUUCAUGCUCUAUGGAGAUUUGAAGAACUACCUUCUAGCUCGAAGGCAUCUAACUAACUCCGAUUCUGGAGACGACCCAGAAGAGCAAGUGUCUGCUAGAAGACUGACGGGCAUGGCUUUGGAUAUUGCGAGGGCGCUUUCGUAUUUAGCGCAAAUGAAAUACGUGCACAGAGAUGUCGCAGCACGAAAUUGCUUAGUCAGCGCAAGAAGAGUCGUGAAGUUAGCCGAUUUUGGGAUGACGAGACUGGUUUUUGAGAAUGAUUACUAUAGAUUUAGCAGGAAAGGAAUGCUACCAGUGCGAUGGAUGGCACCAGAGAGUUUAGCUCUUGGGAUAUUUUUGCCUGCGUCUGAUGUGUGGUCGUUCGGUGUGCUCCUCUAUGAAAUAGUAACUUUUGGCUCCUUGCCCUACCAAGGACUUAGUAAUAGUGAAGUGUUGAAUAAAGUAAAAUCUGGACAGACAAUUACACUGCCGACGGGUUUGAAGCCUCAAUUAGAAGGUCUAAUCAAGUCCUGCUGGCAGUCGGAGUACAAGUCCCGUCCCACAGCGUCGGAGGUGGCCGCGUUCAUAGCUGACACCCCUCGACUGCUGUCCCCAUGUCUUGAUUUACCCUUGGAUGCCUUGUCUCUUGACGUUGACUCUUGGAGACUGUCCAAGGAAAGGGCUGAAGCUCGAUGGGUAUCAUGGGCCGCCCCUCCAUCCGCGACCACCGACGUCACUUACCUCAGCGCAGACGCACCGCGGGAAAACGACCGAUUCUUACCAUAG